AUGCGCGCUUUCCAAGUGCCCCCGCUCGGGGAAGAUGGCCAACUGUUAGAAGCACCAUCAAGCGAACACCCAGGCAGCGGAACCGCUGACGGUGUUGUAGCGCUACCGAAGACGCACCACUCGGCAAAUGAACUGUCCAAUAUCGUUGCGGACCUCCACCGCAACUCACAUUCAGCGCAUCCGCCCGGCCAACACGGCACAGGUGACACCACUGGCGCGCAUUCACCCGAAGAGGGUAAGCAACAGAUGCACCUGCGUGCUCCUGCUGCUCCGCUUUCCUCAUCGAGGCUAGCCUUGCGGAGCUUGUCUCAGGAGGAGUUCAUCCACGCCAUCCAGAGCGCAGUGCCGUCUGCCACUCUGCCCGAGAUCCAGGCGCUGCUGAGCAAGACGAUCUCCGAGACGCAGGACACCGUCUCUUGGAAUGAACUGACCGCGUUUCUGGUGAGCCGCUCGCGACAGAAGGCCGACCUAGCCCUCGAGAACCAGCGCUUCGUCCUUGGCGACCCGCCAUGUGGGAUGCGCUUCGAUGACCAGCACAGCAGCUCCAUCACCUGCGUCGCGGUGGAGCCGGUGCGCCGUCUCCUCGUAACGGGCUGCAGUGCGGGCUCUGUGCGGGCCUGGAGCAGCGGCAGUGACCUUGCCUACCGAGGCCUACUGCUGCAGGUGGACAAGUGGAUUGUGGGGCUGCACUGGGGGUGCAAUAAGCGUGUUCUCUACGUCGUCACCAUGGAUCGCUGGGUUUAUAUCCUGGACGGAGCCACGUUCGAGGUGCUCCGCGUCUACCACGGCCGUGGCAUCACCCAGUCCUCGGUCAGCAUGACGUACGCGAACGAGACGAUCGACACUGUGCACGUCGGCGGGGUGGCACCAUCGAAACUCACCGCAUCGAGUGCUCGCCGCUACGGCAGCGCGCGCUUCAUCCCACAGGGCAUCGGGUCCCCGGAUACAUCGAGGACCCCGCCGUCGUCGCGUCCCCUCACUAGCCGCGCCGGCUCGCGGGAGUCGCAUGAGGAGCGCACGCGGCGUCUGCUCUUCUCUGCCAUGCACGUGUGCCGCGCCGUGCGUCCCACGAGCAAAGAGACGGAGGCCGCUGAGCACCCACACCGCAACGGGUCAGCACAGCCUGGGGAUACCACCGCGGCAGCGGGUGCGAGCGCGUCACCGGCGUCCCCGUCAUACACAGAGGUGUCAUCUCCUUUGCCUACAGCCACUCUGACGACGAUGUACUCCCUCACAACCGCCGAGGCAGCUGAGGUGCUGCACCAGAACAACACCCCACUAACCGGGGCUGGCAGAGGCCCCUAUGUUCACCAGCAACUGGCGGAGUGCGUUCUCACCGCCUUGAUCGACCCUGUGACGGCGACGAUGUUUCACGAAUCUACUUUCCAAGAGGAUGUGCUGAUGCUGGGCACGAGCGCUGGUGACGUCUUUUUCUUUCAGCUUGCCCAGCAUCACCACCUCAACGCAAAUCGGGUGCUCGUGGCGCGGCACGUCUUCCGCCAGCUGCACCGCGGCCGCGUCACAAAACUGGAUCUUCUGUUGCCUCUGCAUGCCCUAGUCAGCUCCGGCGACGACGGACACGUCCGCGUCAUGUCUCUCGUAACUGGAGAGCCAUUUCGGUCCUUCUACGCGGCUGACCUCCCCGGGCAGCACGCGAGCGUAACCGACUUCCACCUGCACCCGCAGCUGAAGAUGUUGCUGACUGUCGGCCCAGAGCGGCGUGCUCUCGUGUGGGAAUGGACGCAGCCGUCUCCCAUCGCACUGCUCGACCCAGCCAACAGCCCAUGCUGUGGCGGCGCCUUCAUUGGUGAUCGAGUGCUGACGAUUAGCCGCGAUGGGGUGCUGCACGUCUACGACUGCAAAGGGUUUCACCUCCAGCAGCAAGUCUCCUUGGCCACGGCCGGCUCCCUCGAUCGCUUCGGCAGCGCUGUCGGGGCCAGCCACUCCACCAUCUCGAAGAUGCACGUGGACGAGGCGCGGCAGCGGGUGCUGUGCUUUGGGCACUUCCCCUUUUGCUUGCGCGUGAAGUGGCAGGUCUCCUCUGGCUUUCCGGAGCGCUACCGAGGUCACCACGUGCCGAUUCUCAAGACGCUGUCCUCGCGUGCCUUUCGGCAGGUGGUGACGGUGGGCACAGACGGCGUCGUCAUGACGUGGACUCCUCGGACAGGGACGAACGAGUUUUCCUUUCCACUCUCGAACUUCUCGAACACGGCAACAGCGUCAGUCCCGCUUCGACCGACAGCUGUCUCCAUGGACCUCUUACAGCGCCGCCUACUCACGGGCUUUGCUGACGGGGUCAUGGUUGUAUGGAACAUCCUGAACGGUCAAGUCGAGCGCGUCUUAACAGCUGCCGCUCCAGCAGCGUUACCGUCGCCUUCGUCCUCGCUGACGACUUCGAGGGGCACAGCGAGGACGAGAGCGAAGCCGAUGUCCGGCCGUGGUAGGUCUGCCGCCACCGCCUCUGUGGAGCGAGCUGCGGCGACGGCGACAGCGGUGGCGCUGACAUCACCGAGCCGCGAUGUCACCGCAGUUGGCUCGCUUCUGCGCCACCGCUCCAUUUCGUACGUCUUCGUCCUCGGCUCGCGCAUGUACGUGGACGCGGCGGUGGAAAGCUCUGGUGCCGCAGAGCGGCGCAGCGGUCUUCAACUCGGCGAAUACUCUACCACCUCGGCGUCAUCGUGGACGGUGCCGAGUGCAUUUGGCGAUGUGACAACGCUAGUGCAGCUAGGGAUGCAGCUUAUUGGGUGCGCGACCACCUCUGGAGCAAUUCUGGUGUACAACGUGCUCUUCGAUCGGCAGGAAGGUGCCCCGCUGUGGGUGCACGAGUCUCUGCUAUCCCCGACGUGGGCCGCCGGCGGCACUCUCUCUCCGACAUCAACGGUAAACACCGCAUACGAUUUCGCCAGCGUUGGAGGUCCGAGUACAUUACUGUGGAGAAACGGCACCGUGUCGGCUGCCGGCCGGCGGAUGAGCGGCAGCGGCGUGCUUGCCGGAACGCAAGGUCGGCGCGCCGUCCCUGGCCCCGCCACGCUCUUCCUCGAGUCCCUUGUGAACAGAGCCGGGGCUGCUGGAGCGGCCCAGGCUGCCGGUGCUGACCCGGCGGCCGCGGCGGCAGCGACGACAGGCGCAGUUGUCUCGCGCGCAAGCUGCCUCAUGACGCUGCCGGCUGUCCACCCCCGGCUGCUGUUCGUGGGACAGGAGGACGGCACCGUGUCGUUCUGGCACACGCUGCGUCGCGUUUGCCUGGGUGCCGUGAGUUUGACAGCUGCGGCUGGUGUCGAGGAUGGGAGGCAAGGGGAGGGCACGGAGUGGGGUGGAGGCGAGACGGUGGUGGACAUGGACAUGGAGGAGACAGACGGGCAAACGCUCGUGUUCGGCGACGGUGAGGGUAAGGUUCACGUAUGCCGUUUGAAGUGGAAGCUGCUGGUGGACUUGCGCGAGCAGACGGCUGCUCUCGCGAUGCCCAAUCUGGCCUUGUACUGCCGGACGCCAACGCCAGCGAAGGAGAAACUUCCCGCGGUUGCAGCUUUGACAGCGAGCUCAGCAGAGGAUGCGACGGCCUCCGAACGGGCGCUGCCGGUGCUGCAAGAACUGGAGCGCGUGCACGUGUUUUCAAGUGGGCUCAAGCUGUCCGGCAUUUGUCUUGUCCACGCAGACGAGGAGACCGCGGUCGUCCGUCCCGCCGCGCCGCUGCCCAAGACGAAGACUAGCGCCGAAGAUGUCGGCACGACACCGGAAGAGGGCGGGAGCAGAGACGCACCCCGUUCCUCGCUGGGGAUGCACAAGUAUACGGACAGGCCUCGUCUGCUCAUCAUCUGCACUGGCAUCGAUCACUUUGUGCGUGUCUUCACGUUGGCAGGCGUCCCCAUUGGAGAGCUCGGAAUGGACGAAUGGGACACGACGCGGCCGUCGACCUUUCGCUUCAUUGGCGAACCGACCGUCCCGCCUGCCGUACCGCUGCCGUGCUCGCUUGCCGGCAACUUCACUUGGCAGCAAGACGGACACGACAAGAUCAAGGGGAGCGGCUGCUACCACGAUUACUUGGCCGACCUUUACGCGACGCACCAUGCACGACCUGCGAUGGUGGCCGGGCCUAUCAAGGGGCUUGCAUGCAAUGGCAACAUGCCGUUCGGUUGCAUCGCAACGUCACGGCGAACGAUGGGUGGAACCGUCUACCUCGGCUGCCCCGGCAGCUCCCCGUCCCGCGCCGCCGUCAAGACGUCGUUGGUGGCCCGUCCGUCACCUGCUCUCGACGCCCCACACUCGGUGGAUAGGGUCGGGCGCGCCGUGGGAGUGGACACGCGGCAGAGCCACGGACACUCAAAACUUGUCGCUUUCACGAAGAGCGCCGAAACGGGCACGAGGGCAAAACCCGAGCUCUUCGCCGAGGACGGUUGCAGCCUUCCCCCGUCUCGCCUGAGCCCCGCCAACCAAGGCUUCCACGCACGCCUCCGGCGAAACACACGGUACUUGUGCGAGAAAGACCGACUCACUCGCGGACUGCUAAAGCACUCGUAUGUACGCCAGCUCCAGCAACUCCACCGCCAGGGGCACGCAUCGUCGUCGUCGUCGUCGUCCCACCAGCCGCCGGCAGUGCUACCCGAGCUGCCUGCCAUCCCGUCCAGUACCCCCGCGACACCAUCUGCUGCAGCCAGCGUGCACAGCGAAUCCGCUGGACAAAGCAAGGCUGCAGAGUAG